UCCAAUUAGCUUCCGUGCACUGUCGAUAAAAUAAAAAUGAAAAAUUACAAGAAAUGCACAGAGCCCUGAUAAUAUAGAAAAGAAUAAAAAAGUUCAGGUGAAGAAUAAAAAUAAAAUCUGACAGAAAAUAACAUUGCUAAAAAUAUCUGCACACAAAUGCAAACCAAGUUGACGAGAGAUUAAAACAGAAAAUUCAUUUUUAUAAAAACUGACAGGUAAAAGUCUAAAAUCUAGUAUAUGAAUAUAAAAUAUUCUUCAAAGUUACAAUGAAAAUUAAUUACAUUUCUUCAUCAGCAAUUUAUCACAUGUUCGAAUUUCAUCAAUGAAAAAAUACAAAUUUGUUUGGCCAUUCUUGGUAACUUCUAGGCCACUGAAAGGUCUAGCCGACUGGUUCAUUAAAACUACUUGCUUGUUACGACCUUUUUAACGAACCAACUGUACAUUUCUCUUCUGAUUUAUCAAAAAAUCGUCAAUAUAAAAGUUUUAUAUAUUUUUGUAUCUUAAAAAACUCUAAGAAAGAAAUUAUCUCGUUAGGGCACAAUAUAUAUGUUUUUAAAUUAGACACUCUCAUAGGUAACAUUAAGUUUAAAAUAGCGUUGUUGUGCCAUAAAUCCAGCUUUUUCUUCACUUUUUUCUCUGCGUGGUGCACUUUACGGUCUUAUUUUUUUAUAGAUAUUUGUUACAAAAUAUAAAGUCAUUUAAAUCUCCUUCAGUAUCUCUUUUCUUCUUGUAGAAAUCCUAUGAGUGCAAUAGGUACUAAUUGUGUGAUAUUUAGUGAUAUCCCACUUUCACUAUUCAUUUAUUAGGCUCGUUGUAGGAUAUCAAACAUGGUAAUCUAAAAAGUUAAAUAAAUAUGAUUUAUUGCACCGAACAUCGCCAUUUCGCACUUAUGAUGACUAUAACAUUGAAGUAUGUAAAAUGGACAUCUGCGGCAAUAACGACUGAAAAGUUUGAUGUUAUUGCAUGUGUACCUACAGGCGCAAGAAAACUAAAAGGAGUCAGUUGACAAUAAUUAAAUUUGUUUUUAAAUAUUAAGGAUUGAAUCACUGUUGUUUAUUCAGUAUUGCGUUUGAUCUUUAGACAAUCAUUAACUAAAAUUAGUUUUUUGUCAUAUAAGCAGAGACGUUGAUUUGUAGUUUGCACGUAAAACUACUUUUGGGUGAAAUUUCUUUGUUUGUGUGCAUUUGGUUUCCAAGGCAAAUGGUGUGCUAUUAUGAAACAAAACUUUAUUUUUUCUGUUAAAUACAAAAUACACAAUUUUUAGUAGUUUUUAAAUGCGAAAAGUCGUAAUUAAAAGCAGCUGUUUCUCUCCAGCUGUCUAUUAUUCUUGAGAGUCACUAAAAAUGUACAUCAUUUGAGCUCUGGCUCAGUUCUUUAAAGACCCGUUGAGGAGACGCUAAUCCACAUGAAAAGUUUUUCUUAGCACAAGGAUAGAUUUAUCUGACUAAAAGAAAUCGGUGGCAAACGAGACAGAGUUGGGGAUGGAGCAAAAUACGAAGAAAUCUGAGGUGAAUUCAAAUUUCAAAAGCCAACUAACGGAAAUGGCACUACGAUCUUACUUGGCAAAUUCCACUAUCCAUGGACUUUCAAAAAUUGCGGCAUCAAAACAUUGGAGUCUGAAACUUCUAUGGAGUUCAGUAAUUAUUGCUCUUUUUGCUGCAAGCGUCGCCAAUAUUUAUAGCCUUGCUGGAGAAUACUUUAAGUACCGAACAUAUUUGCUAAUAGAAGAGUGUGCAAAUCAUACGGCUAAGUUUCCCAGCGUCACUAUUUGCAAUGCAAACAACUUUCAAAGAAGUAAGGUUCGCGAUCUGAUCGAGGACCCGGAGGCGCGUUUUCAGCACUUCUUGAACAUUAGCCUUGAUAAGGGAGCGGUAGUAAAUCUGUUGAAUUUUCCUAAUGCAAAAUCUUUUAUGGAUCAAGGCAGUUUUUCAACUGCAAAAGCCACGCAGUCGGCUUCAGAUAUGCUUUUUCUAGAAUCCAUCGAGGGUUGGUGUAGAUUUGGGCAUUUCAAAACUUGCAACCAAAGUGACUUUAAAGAUUAUUUUUAUGGCUUGGAGUCUGGAUUUUGUAAGACGUUUAAUCCAGACGGUAAGUUCACCCAGGUUGUUGUGGGGCCGUAUGGAGGACUCCUUUUAACUCUGUACCUGAAUCAAGACGAUUAUAUGAGGCUCCUGCCAUUUGAUAAUGGAGCUGGUGUAUUUGUGAAGGUGCAUCCACAGGAUGUCUUCCCUUACCCAUCUAAUGACUGGCUUGCCGUUGAACCAGGGACUCAGACACAUAUAUCAAUAGAACAAAAGAUCAUGCUUCGAGAGCAAAAGCCGUACAAAUCUGAAUGCGUUAAUAGGGACGAAGACUUGAUAUACCCAGGCCGUUAUCAUGUCCAUAAUUGCUUAAAAUCUUGCUUUCAUUUGAAACUUUAUGAGAGCUGUGGCAUAGUUGAGGCUUCAGUGCUUUACCAUUUAGAGCAAAAAGGGAAAAAAUUCCCCUCUCUGCCAAGAAACAUUUCAAAAGACCCUGCUGCCUGUGGGCGAGAGUUUUACGCAAAUCUAACUGCAAACAAGGUAUUUUGUGAUUGUCCGUUACCAUGUUACGAAGAAACUUUCAAACUUACUGCGACGAGCACUCAAUGGCCCAGUGAAGCAGACAUGCAGUAUUACAAGCAAGUUCUUUCCAAGGUAUUAAAUCGAACCAAUUUGUCAAAGGAUUUUAUUUCUUCCAAUUUUUUGCAGCUAAAAGUUUACUUCACAUCUUUAAGCUACCAGAAAGUUGUGGAGACACCAGCUAUGAUGCCUUGUACGCUGGCUGGUGGUAUCGGCGGGUCACUCGGGCUUUUCAUUGGUGCCUCAGUCUUCUCAAUUUGUGAGUUACUGACAUUCAUUUGCACAGCAAUUUUUGGUCGUUGUCAUAAACGCAUUGGUCACCUUGAUGGGUAAUCAAGAGACACAGACCUUGAAUUAGCGACCAUCAAUUGGCGACCAGGGCAUCAGAGAUGUGGGAAUGGAUGGAAACUUGAGUAGUUACUGAACAAUGACAUUAGUAAUGAUAAAUUUGAUAGCUUAUAUCAUAUCAUAUCACAUAUUAUAUUAUA